CUUACCGCCAAUAGUCUUCGACGAAAGGUACUCUCACGUUCGCGUAACAUUCGAAAUCCAAGCACAGCAUCCAUUAAUAUCGUCAACUGAAUAUAUGAUUGCUCUUGGAGGAGAAGGAAUGUCAGCGUUUAAUUUAUCGCUUAAUGAAGGUUUCGACCUUAAUAUAUCUACAAAGGAAACUGAGUUUAAAACCAUUACCAGAAAUGCUGUUUACCUUAUAGAACUAGUUUCUAUAAUAGAAAAUGAUACGUUGGACAAUUGGUUGGAAGAUGAAAAGAUCGCAAUAAAUGUAAGGUAUGGAACAUUAGCACCCAUGACAGUGUAUCCAAUUAGUAGUUUGGGAAAAGAUUACAAGGCGAUCACAUAUUGCCAAAUCCUUGGGAAAUGCUUUAUUAUUCUAUCUACACUUCCGGCUACAACUGUCGAAGUUAAGGUAGCGCUACCUGAAACAAGUAAAUCAAGUAGAAAAAUCGAACUUACAUUUAACGCUACAAAAUAUGGAAGCGGGGAAACAAUCUUAUUUGCAUUGUCCGGCAAUUACACAGCAAUAAUAGAGUGUGCAUGUGACCUAACCGGAACCUUUAUCAGCAGUAACGGAACAAUAGCCGUAUUUGCUGGUGGCAGAGAUACAGUCGUGAGAUGGGGAAAUAAGGAAAAGACGUUUAUCACACAGCUGCUACCGUUGAAUACCUGGGGUAAAGAAUUCAUAUUAAUUGAUUCUGAUAUUGAUGAUUUUGGUGACACCAUUCGAGUUAUAUCUAGAUACAAUAAUACCGUGGUUAAAAUGAAUGGUUAUAAAACCGUAACAAUGCAUGCCAUGUCUCAUUUUAUAAUACAGAGGUCUUUGCAAAGAGGAAGCACACUUCAUCUGUCAUCAAGUAAACCAACAAUGGUAUGUCAGAUUGUUGCAGAUGGUUUUAAGCAGCCGACAAUGAUAAACAUCCCACCAGCUGAACAUUUCUUCAACACAGAACUAUCCAUUCCAUGUACAUUUUGUAAUCACCUGAAACUAAUUACCAAUGGAUACAACGACAGUAUCAAGAUUAAAGGAGGAGGCAUGACACAGUUUAAACUUGUGUCGAAGUCUGGAUUCACUGUCAUGCACUUUGAUCAUGAAUACAUGUUUGAUAACAAUGACAUCUGUGUAAUCCAGAGCAAGAAUAUUCCGUUCGCACUUUUAUAUACGAAUAUGAGUUCGAAUCGGUAUAUGAAGUUUCAUUAUAUAGGAAGCACUGAUAUACAGACUAAAAGUCAACCAGAAGAUGAAGAUGGUAAUGGAACUAAUGAAGAUACAUGUAUAGAUCUAACCGAUACGAGCAGUCAUGGAAAGUGCUUUGUUGUUCCUGUUCUACCAAUAUGGAAAGACGGAUAUUGUCAACUUGCAAUUUCUCCUAAGAGAAACGAUACUGAGCAGAUAAAUUACAUAAACGGAGAGGUUAUGGAACCCAACGAAACAAGUAACGGAGAGGAAAUGACGGUGAUCAAAAUAACAACUGAAGACAAGAGUUCUAUAAAUUUUCUCUGGUAUAACAACGAAGCAAAACAGGCAAUAUCCACUCUGUUAUUCCCAAUUGACGUUUUUGGAUUAGAAUACUACGCUGCAAGUUACUGUCCACAGAGUGCGUAUUGUGUGUCUUAUUGUAUUAUCACUGCAAUCUAUGACAACACUCAUGUGAAGGUUCUAUUUGAGGAUAUUCAUUAUAUAAUUAAUAUUACCGAAUUCGGUAUCUCCGAUUACAGUGUAGAUAAUACUUCCAGAAUUAAUCUUGCCAUCGGAAAAUAUAAAUAUGCAUUGGUUAAAUCAGAAAGAGACUUGACUGGAACUUACAUUUGGGCGGACAAUCGAGUUUCAGUUAUAUGUGGCGCAAAUUUCAACAACACUGCAGUCGCUGAGCAACUGUACCCUGUUCAGUUUUUUAAAUCCGGAUCCUAUUCUUAUAUUUUGCGACAUGAUGAAGAUUCUGUUGCGAAUUACAACAUUCGUAUAAUGACAUCAGCUUGGGUAACAAGUUGUAGGUUAACCAUAUCAGAAUCUCUUACUUUUUUUGAAUGGGAAAUAUAUCUUGAUAAACCAGGACACUAUGAACAAAUAGCAAAAGGAGAAAUUGACUACAUAGAAGAUAUAUCCUGCGACCAGCCCGUGUUUGUUUGGGUUACUGUAAUCAACAAUGUCGGUAGUGGAUUUAUGGUAAUAAUACCAUCAACAGAUCACAUAAUGGAUACAUAUAAUUUCAAAACAUUCCAGAAUCUAAAUGGAAAUGCGUCGGAACAUAAAUUAUAUGGAUAUGUUUCAAAUAUUGACACUACAUCUGUGCUUAGCAGCUUCAAAGUGAACCCUUAUACGAUUGACAGAAACUUUGACCAUAAUAGGUCAAUUUUGCUUCGACCAGAUACCUUUUAUCGAGUAAAUUUUGAUAACAACACACACGAUCAUGUUCUUUGGUAUGCUGGCAGUUAUAAUGGAAUUGCAUUUGGAUCAUGCGUUGGGAUGAAAUUCUCUGAAGUGGAAAACUGUAUUCUGCACGAGACUGAGGACACAGAUUGUGAUGGUCUAAUACAUGAAGACAUUUGUACACUGGCUGGCUACAACUUCGCUCCGCCAAAGCACUUGUUGUUUAGCGAUAGGUACAUAGCAGACUAUGACUUAGAUGGAAAUUAUGACGAAGACUGUGCUUUUACUCUUCCAGAAUGCUAUGCACCUAAUAUAAAAAAUGGUGGAUCAGAAGAUAUCCCACAAAGUUAUACCCAUGUAACCUCAAAACUUAGCAACCUAUAUUGUAAUAGUGGAUAUACAGCAGAAGUAGAUGUGGAAUCAAUUACAUGCGAGGCAGAUGGAAUUUGGAAACCUAAUUAUAUUUGCCAAAAGGGUAAAUGA